AAACACAGGGAUGUUCACAAACCAAACCUUAAAUUUGGCCGAGGUCACAUUACAUAAGCGGUCUUGGCUCCGAGACCGGAAGCUGCGAAUGUUUUUCCAAGAUUUCGGUUUGAGUUUGAGAUAGAGAGGAAAGAUUUACUUUUCCACCAGCAAUAGCUCUACCACGAUGGCUGCCAGAACACUGAGAAUAGGCCUCAUCCCCGGUGACGGGAUUGGGAGGGAAGUCAUCCCGGCUGGUCGCAAACUCCUUGAAUCCUUACCUGCGUCUCUGGGUUUAAACUUCUCCUUUGUCGACCUCGAGGCGGGCUAUAAUACCUUCAAGAAGACGGGGACCGCCCUCCCUGAUAAAACCGUCGAGAUCCUCAAGAAGGAAUGUGACGGUGCGCUGUUCGGGGCUGUCAGCUCCCCUAGCACAAAAGUCGCGGGCUAUUCCUCCCCAAUCGUCGCCCUCCGCAAGAAACUAGAUCUAUACGCAAACGUGCGCCCUGUCCGCACCACCACGGGCUCCUCCGGCUCCAACCCCAUCGACCUCGUCAUAGUCCGCGAAAAUACCGAGGACCUCUACGUCAAAGACGAGAAAACCUAUGACUCCCCCAACGGAAAGGUCGCCGAGGCCAUCAAGCGGAUCUCAGAGCAUGCCUCCUUCCGCAUCGCCACCAUGGCCGGCAACAUCGCCCUGCGCAGACAAAAGAUUCGCGACACCGCCGCCGCCAGCGACAACGUGAACACCAGGUCCAAACCCAUGGUCACCAUCACCCACAAGUCCAACGUUCUCAGCCAAACCGACGGCCUCUUCCGCGAGACGGCACGCCGCGCACUCGCCCAACCUCUCUUCAUCGACACCGUCGCUGUUGAGGAACAAAUCGUCGAUUCAAUGGUAUACAAACUCUUCCGCCAACCAUCCUACUACGACGUCAUCGUCGCGCCAAAUCUCUACGGCGACAUCCUCUCUGACGGUGCCGCGGCGCUAGUCGGUUCACUGGGCCUCGUACCCAGCGCCAACGUCAGUGACAACUUUGCCAUCGGCGAGCCGUGCCAUGGUUCUGCCCCGGACAUUGAGGGCAAAGGCAUUGCGAACCCGAUCGCAACGCUGAGGAGCGUGGCGCUUAUGUUGGAGUUUUUGGGCGAGGAGAAGGCUGCUGCUAUCAUUUACAAGGCGGUUGAUGCGAAUUUGGAUGAGGGGAAGUUUUUGUCGCCCGAUUUGGGGGGCAAGGCGAAGACGGACGAGGUCGUUGCGGAUGUGCUGAGGAGGUUGUGAGAGCCAGGUAAAUUUAUGUGGGUGUGUAAACCCCUUGGGCCGUAGAAGGGUGGAAGGGAGUUAGAAGCAAAAAGGCGCACAAACGAUGGGCCAAUGGGUACUUAUUGUUAUUCAAAAUAGAUAGAUUUCAAGAUUAAUCGAUGCUUGUCUUCUCCAGCCACCGGCACAACACCAUCCAUAUAUUAAAAUCGCCUUAUCAUCCUAGAGAUAUCGAACCGCUUGAGCCGAGUAAGCAAACGAUCUAAAGGGGCGGCCUGCUAACAAUGGCGACCACCUCACGCGUCGAAAAAACAUCAUUUCAAAAUAUUCACAGCAAAAAUCAAUCGACACCCUCGUCGUCGUCAUAAUACCUUCUAUCAUCGCUACCUUCCGUAUUCUCACCGUUGUCCUCAUCCACAUCGUCGGCAUCAUUGGCGUUUUCAUCAUCCCAAUCAUCCUCCACGCUCCCCCGACCCAAAAGUAACGUGAACAACACUACAAAAUAUACAUCCCCCGUGCGCUUAUUCUUCAGCACAUAGCGCAGCUGAUGGUUCUUCGCAUCGAUGUAUUUAGUCACCUUAAUUUUAAACCCGGGAAGACGGAGGGAGAAAUCUAUUAUAUGUACCAUCAUCAAUGCUCUCAUCAGUCCAAUAAACAAGAAGAAGAGGCGGUAGGCGAAGAAGAAAACUCACCAUUAAACCCCAAAUACCCAUUCCCAAAAUCUGCUUUAUACAGCCUCCCCUCCUCAAACUCAAACCGCUCCCGAUUCCCCUCAGUUAGAAAGAACUUUCUCCUCCCCGCAGGGUCGUCAGGAACACCUAAUUUUCUCCUCAUUUCCUGCCCACUACCCUCCCCACCUUCUUCAAUGAUCUCCUCCUCGCUAUUUCCAAUUCCCUUUCCUUCCCCCUCUCCACCCACCACCGCAUCCCCACCCUUCCUCUCCUUAGCAACCCCGCAAACCCUCAAAUAGUUCCAACUCGACAACGCCGCCCCAUACAAAUAUGGCUUAUCCGCAUACGCAUCCCCCUCCAAACCGGGGUCAAUAGUCCACUGAACGAUCCUCAGCGCCUGGUUCGUGCCCGGCGGCAACCGGUCGCGGAUAGGACGGUCGAAAUCGUUGCCGAAGACGAGUUCCGAGCCGGGAAUCGCGUGCUUGGGGACGAAGGAGACGGCGAUGGAGUAUUGGUCUUUUGUGCGGGUUGGGUGGGAGAAGUAUGGAGAGGUGCGCGGGGAGUUGGGCGGGAGGCCUGCGGAGGGAUAGAAGUUAGGUAGGGCGCGUGAAAGAUUUUAUUUAGUGAUUAAUUUAAGGGCGGGAGAUUGUCGAAUGGAUAGUUUCUACUGACCAGUGUAGUCUUGUAUGCGUACGCGGAGGUCGAUGGUUGCGUGCUCUGUUUCUAUGAGGUGGGGUAUGGGGGAGUUGACGGCGACUGGCUUGUGGGUUGAGGGGUUGUAGCUGGGGCCAGCUGUGACGGAGAGGGUGUAGUUAUGUUCUUUGACAGGCAUUAUCAGGGCGAUGUUUCUCUCUUUAUAUGUAGUUGUGUAUAUAUAGGCACCUAUGUGACUCUUUCUGGGGUCAUCGGUGGCGAAAAUCUCACAUUGCUGGAGAAUGUAGGGAAACCUGAGGUGUAAAAUAUAACGAACGAACCAUUCGGUUAUUCACUUCACUUGCACCACACUAUAUAUAGCUUUAAUUGGGUUUGAGAAAGGAUGAGUUCUCUCAUUGUCGGC